GAUAUCUGAACACUGUCCAAGAUGUCCUCCCAGCAAAACCAGCAGAAGUGCCAGCUUCCCACGAAGUGUCCACCCAAGGGCCCUCCUCAAGGCUCCCCGGCUCCUGCUCCGUGCCUCCCUCCCAACGCCCCUCCGGCUCCCGCCUGCUGUGUCUCCACCUGCUAUAUUUCUGGCUUCGGGGGCAGCUGCUCUUUAGUGUCACAUCGGUUCCCUCGAUUCUAUCUUCGCCAGCCUCAGCGUUCCGAGCACCCUGAGAACGAGUCCGCAGGAUGUGCGAGCUGUCCGCAUAGCUCUGGAAACUGUAGCUGA